AUGGCCUCUUCCACUGACGACGAUAAUAUCCCAGAGUCUCAUUACCAUUUUAAUGCUUCGACUUUGGCUUUAUCAUCGAAAACUUUCAGGGAUCCUAAUUUAUUGCAAACUUCCUUACAAGCCAGAUUACCGUGGACCACAAAACCUACUAACAAGGGGGAAGAACAAAAUCUAUACGAUGAAGAGUUGAUACCACCCGAGAAUUUUACCAUGAUAGCAACUUGGGUCUAUCGAAGUAGCUUCCCAAAGAAAAAGAAUUUUGCGUUCUUAAAAAAAUUAGGUUUAAAAAGUAUUCUGACUUUAAUUCUCGAAGAUUAUCCUGAGCUAAAUAUGAAAUUUUUGGAAGCGAAUAACAUCAAAUUAUUCCAAUUUGGAAUAGCGGGAAAUAAGGAACCAUUUGUUCAUAUACCUGAAGACAAAAUAUGUGACGCUCUCGCAGUGAUUUUGGAUAGACGAAAUCAUCCGAUUCUAAUUCAUUGUAACAAGGGCAAACAUCGAACAGGCUGUCUAGUUGGUUGCCUUCGUAAACUACAACGCUGGUCACAUACAUCAAUUUUUGAUGAGUAUCGAAGAUUCUCACAUCCUAAAUCUCGCUCUAUGGAUCAGCAAUUUAUUGAAUUAUUUGAUGCAAGUCAAGUAUGGAAGCUCGUAGAUAAAAAUUGGGUGCCGAAUUGGGAAGUAUUGGAAAAUCCAUGGUGA